AUGGACUUUGAUCGCAUUUUGAAGAAUAUUGGUGAAUUCGGGAGACAGCAGAAGCAGCAAUUUGUUGUUGUGUCCACAAUAUGUUCGUUCUGGGGGCCACCACAUAUGCUAUGUCUGGCGUUCGCCGGUAUCACUCCCGACUUCCAUUGUCGAGGUCAAGGCAACAUUGCCGACGAUGACGUGUGUGCAAGAGACUGUCAACGUUAUUUUUAUAACAAAGAAAUCACAUCCAUAGCAACAGAAUGGGACUUGGUUUGUAGUGAAAGUUAUAAAGUUGGUUUGGCGCAAUCCAUGUACAUGUUAGGUGUACUGUGUGGUAGUUAUGUAUUUAGUUUUAUAUCAGAUACGUAUGGAAGAAGGAAAGCAUUCUACCUCAGUACUUGUUUUCUGACGUUGUUUGCUUUAUCAAGUGCAUUGGCUACAUCAUAUCAAAUGUUUGUUGCAUUAAGGUUUUUUACAGCAAUGUGCAAUGGUGGCGUUGGAUUAACAGGUUUUAUCUUGGCCACUGAAACUAUUGGACCAAAGUAUAGAGCAUUGGCUGGAACUUUGGUCCAAGUACAGUUUGCAUUAGGCAUUGUGGUGUAUGGUAUAUUGGCGUAUUUUGUGAGAGAUUGGAGAUAUUUAAUAGGAUUAUCAACGGCACCUGGAUUAGUGUUUUUAAUGUCAUAUUGGAUUGUACCAGAAUCACCACGGUGGUUGAUAACAAAAGGACGAACUCAAGAAGCUGAAGAUAUCUUGCACUAUAUAGCUAUUAAAAAUGGAGCAAAAACUAAACUAGGAUUGGUUCAUGUAGAAGAUCAUAACAAGAAACCUAACCAACCACCUGCCAAGAUUUACGGAUUUCUUGAUUUAUUUAAAUCUUCUGAAAUCAGGAAAAGAAUGCUGAUUAUGAUAUAUACAUGGUUUACAUGUAGUAUGGUAUACUAUGGUUUAACUAUGAAUGCCAGUCAGCUUGGAGGUAAUAGAUAUCUAAAUUUUAUGUUGUCUGGAAUCGUUGAGUUGCCAGCAUAUUUUGUAUGCAUGUUAUUCAUUGAUAGGUCUGGCAGGCGGAAAACAUUGUUCUGGUCAAUGAUUCUUGGUGGUUCAGCAUGUUUACUGCUGCUGGUUAUCCCAGACUCAUUGGACUACUCGUCAUCAUUUAAAACAAUGUUUGCGUUGAUAGGUAAAAUGGGAAUCUCUUUAGCGUUCAACGUGAUUUACAUUUAUGCUGCUGAGCUUAUACCGACUGUACUCAGACUAGAAUGGUUAUCUGGAUUGUCAAAAUAUUUGUCUUUUGCAAAUUUUGCUUAUCAAAUAGGAAAAAAGCAUAUGAAGACAACUUUACUGGCAGUGAUUAGCCAUGCUGGACUGAGUGGAAAAGGAAGUCGUUGCAAUAGUUAA